UUAUUAAUAGUAUUCAAGGUUGUGGCCGGAUUUCUGGAAGGGGAGAAAUUGGAUCAGAUAUUUAAAGUUGGGUUCAUUCAUAAUUUUAUGAAUUCGAAUUUUGUUAGUAUCGAACGAGAGAUGUGUUACAUAAAACCAAUACGGACUCAAGUAUUAAAAGUUCAAUAUAUUUCGAAAGAGACAACAUAGUAGCCUUUGAUGCAUCUUUUCCGCUGUCAAUUCAAACUACUCGUCAAAUCAUAAAGAAACUGCAUCAAGGCAAAUAUAGUAAAUUUUUUGCAGUCUUUCUUCACAUCUUUGUGUAAUUGGGGAUUCUUUUCGAUUCGGGAUUUUUGAUUGAGAUGUGAAAUUAAUAAAUCAAACGUGGUUAAUCAUAUUUGGGGAUAUGAAUAUAUUGUGAUAUUAUAUGGCCGCAGCACACAUACAAUUAACUCAUUGAACAUUGCGUCUCACAAUAUAAAUAUUAAAAAGGCGCACCAUUUUAGUUCAGUUUGAAUCGAUCGACGAGUUGUGAACUAGAUUUGGACUUUGCGUGCAUUCAGUGGUCAAAAUGAAUAAAUUGAUGAUUUUGUGUACGAUUUUUGCUCUGAUUUUUGGUGCAUCCGAAAAUUUUGCCGAUGCAGUAAAGUUCGGAGAUUGUGGAUCGAAAAGCGGUAAAUUGGCGAGCAUCAGGGUUUCUGAUUGUGAUGUAUCAUCAAAAGUGUGUCUAUUGAAAAGAUUCACAAAUGCAACAAUUGAAUUGGAUUUUGAAUUGGUUGAAGACGUUGUUGUGGAAAAUGUGACAACUGUUGUGCAUGGAAUUUUACUCGAAACAGAAAUUCCAUUUCCAUUGGAGAAUUCAAAUGCCUGUCUGAAUGGAAUUUCUUGCCCAUUGGCAAAAGGACAAACACAUAAAUACGUACAAUCGCUGCCAGUGAAAAUAUACUAUCCACCGGUUCGCGUUACUAUCAAGUUCGAAUUGAAAGAUGUUCAAACCAACAAGACGAUUAUUUGCGUGCUUAUUCCUGCACGUAUUACGUUGCUCUAGUCAAAAAUUGACUUUUGAACUGACUUCAAGUGAUUCAAUUACAAUCAUGUGCAUUUUGUUUGUUUUAUAAAUAAAUUACUGACCAAAAUAAUUGAAUGUACGCAAAUUGCUAGAGUCAAAGUUCGUGUGACUUAUUUAAUAAACUCUAAACAAAACAGUGUACUUUGAACCUGUGUCCAAAUAAAUAGAUUCAAUAUUGUUUUUUUUUUCAAAUCAAAAAAGGUUUAU